UUGUCGCCGUGUCUUGUGAGUUUGGACAUGGCGUGUCAUGAGUGUGUGAAUGAAAAAGGUGUGACGACAUAGAAGGCAUUCCGCAAAUGGGAGACAGAGAAAUCAGAUGGAGGGAGAAAAGAGAGACACGACAGGAGAAGGGACAGAGCUUGGUAGAGGUGUCUGAGAAGAGAAACUCAAAAAUGAAAAGGUUCUAAACGCUUUUGCCAAUAUUCUCAUUUGUUGUCAAGGAGAUAAAAAUGCCUUUUGGAGAAACUGCCUAACAAAUGAGUGCGGACGAAUUUUAAAUCUGUUUUGGAAUAAUUAAUUCACCAACGAAAAGCUCCUUAUUACGAUGAGUUCAUCGUAGUUAACCUCAAACGGGGAUAUGGCGGAUUUAGAGCUCGGAUCUCUACAAUCGUGUUCCGGCGGCGAUUCCCCAGCGAUGGAAUUCGAGAACGAAAAAGAUUCCGGACAUCACGGUCGGAGCAAAACCGGGUCGCCGCCACUGCAAACUCAGCCUUCCCAACAGGGUAUGGAGGGAAUCAAAGUUUAUUUGCACGAGAGAGAUCUGUGGGCGAAAUUUCAUGAUGUCUCUACAGAGAUGAUCAUUACCAAAGCUGGUCGACGGAUGUUUCCCAGCUACAAAGUGAAGGUAACAGGCCUAAAUCCCAAAGCAAAAUAUAUCUUACUGAUGGACAUUAUUUCAGCCGACGAGCAUCGGUAUAAAUUUGCAGAUAACAAAUGGUCCAUCAGUGGUAAAGCUGAGCCGGCGAUUCCAGGCCGACUGUAUGUGCACCCAGACUCACCAGCUUCAGGAGCUCACUGGAUGAGACAGCUCGUCUCUUUCCAGAAACUCAAACUCACCAACAACCACCUGGACCCUUUCGGACAUAUCAUUUUAAAUUCCAUGCAUAAAUACCAACCUCGCCUGCACAUCGUGAAGGCAGACGAGAGGAACAGCUUUGGCUCCAGCAACACGAGUUUCUGCACACACUCCUUUCCCGAGACGACGUUCAUCGCUGUAACUUCCUACCAGAACCACACAAUCACUCAGCUGAAGAUUGAGAAUAAUCCAUUUGCUAAAGGUUUCCGUGGAAAUGACGAUGUCGAAUUACAUCGCAUGUCCCGUACACCAAGUAAGGAGUAUCCACUUGUGCCACGUAGUACUGCAAGGCAGCAUGUACCUUCUCCUAACUGUCUCUCUCGGUCAGAAUAUGUGACACAAAAACCCAGUCCAGGCUACACCUGCUCCGACACUUCAGGGGAUCACACCCUCACUGAAGCCCCACACGCUCAUGACCCCACUUACCAGCUCUUCACCUACCAGCUCUCCCCCUGCAGUGUGGACACCCCACAGCACCAGCCUUGCAUGUACGGAAGCUCUCAGGUGGGCAUGGAGGACCUCAGGUGGGCGUCUUAUACAGACAGUACAACUUACCAAAGCUUUUCUUCUGCUAAAGAAAUGAGUGGGACUUUUGAUCCCACCACUGACCUCUCUCAGGAACUGUAUCCACAAUACACCUGUGAGGUGGGUGUCCAGUCACACUGCAUGAUGACUGAUUUAUCGCUUUAUGCUUGCAGUCGAUCAUUCAGCCAAAACCAGCAACCAAACAGCUGGUGUGGGGGCAGUUGAGCAAGUGUGUGUUUGUGUGUGUGUGUGUGUAUGUAAGAGGGGAAAAAAGUCUGUGAAUAAUCGCGAUAACUUGCUCAUAACUUCAUCCUGAAAUCACAAAUUUGCAUCUGUUUUGCUCCACAGAUUCUAUGUUGUUGUGAAUCAGGUCUGGCAGAUUAAAAUCGGUACAUAUUUCAGUUCUGUUUUAUCAUCAAAAUAAAUAUUAACAUCACAGUUAAUAUUAUCGCCAGUGUUUAGCAAGCAAUUAUUUAAUUGAUUGUUAUAAAUAUUUGUAUAUAAUUUUAUAAUAUAUAUAUAUAUAUAUAUAUAUAUAUA